AUGGUGGAUCCGGACAAUAUUGUCACCGAUGAGUUAGUAGUCCCGGAAGAGGUCAAUGUAGAUGCUAAGCCUAAAGAGCCGGUUAAUGAUGUUAAAACCAGUACCGUUGCGGUAGAUGUUCGACCACAAUUUACAAAUGAUAUGACUUUCGCUUGUCGUGAACAUUUGCUAGAUUGGGUCCAAAAUGAAGCUAGUAAACUUGGAUUUGGAAUUGUGAUAUUAAGGUCCAACAAUGACAGUAGUAGAAGGAAAGCUUUUGUUGUGUUGAAUUGCAAGAGGGGUGGGAAGUAUGUACCAACAAACCGAAUGUUAAAACACGAUGACACGGGAUCGAGAAAGUGUGCGUGUCCAUUUAAGUUGCACAUAACUCAUAGGAUUGAUGAUUUGUGCUAUUUUAGCAUCAUUUAUAGAUUUCAUAAUCAUGCACUGGAAACUAAGUUACACGGGCAUCUAAUUACGUAUCGGUUGUCUCGCGAAGAGAAGGAUGUUAUUUUGGAAUUAUCGAUAAUUAAAGUUGCGCCGAGAAACAUACUUGCCGAUUUGAAGCGAAAAAGACCAGAUAGUGUUUCAAAUAUCAAGCAGGUAUACAAUGAACGAUACAAUCUUAAAGUUGAGAAGAUGGGACCGAGGUCGGAAAUGCAACACCUUUUGAAACUUUUAGGUGAUAACCAAUACCUUUCAAGCUUCAAAACUUGUGAGGACAAAUUUACGGUUCGUGACAUAUUUUGGAAUCAUCUCGAAAGUAUCAAGUUGUUCAACACAUUUCCAACCGCUCUUAAAAUUGAUUCGACGUACAAGACCAACAAGUAUAGGCUUCCGCUUCUAGAAAUUGUUGGUGUGACCUCCACGGACAAGACAUAUUCGGUUUGA